CAUAAAUAAACUUUAAAAUAUGAAAAAAUAAAAAUUUGUCAGCAGUAUGCUUCAGAUGGAUGUAUGUAUAUUCGUGCAUGUGUGCAUGAGACCGAACCAUGGUUUGUUUUAUUUUCUCUUCUGAGAAGGUGUGAGGGAAGGGAUAUUCCCUGUUGAUGCACUUGGACUGUCCCUGAUACCUUUAUAAUUAAUUCCAUUAAGAAAUUGUUGGUGCAUAGAUUUUGUUUUGUGGAUACCACUGCUCAAUCUUAAUAGGAAAUCGAAGAGGCAUAAAAAAGUGCGAAAUACUACAUCUUCUAUUCAGUUUUUAUGCCAGUUUUGUACCAAUUUUGUUCACACAUCAAUGGGUCUAGCCCCAAACUUGGUUCAGAUUUUAAAACUCUUGGAAGAGUCAGAAAUGUACUGGAUGCCUACCCUUCUGAAUACGAUAGAACUGAAAUACUCGUGUCCUGAUGCCUCUCUCGUUCGUGUGUUACUGUGCUCAUUCAGUACUGCACAGCUGGAUGGAAAUGGUCAUCAGACGAGCCUUAGAGCCUUAGAGCUGGCAUUGUGUUUGAUCUAGUGUGACUAACUCUGCAAGCUAGCUUCUGGAAUGGUGAUCUUUAAUAUAAUAAAGUUGGGUGUUGGGGAUUUUGUACAAUACCAAUAUAUCCUUUCCUUUAGGCCUUUCCUUGUACUACGUUAAGUUUUGCAUUAUAGCUCUUUGACUUGUCAUGGCUUUGAGAAUGUAUCUGUGUUUAUCUCUAUAUAUUUACCCAAGUAAUUAUUUUAUCAUAGGAAAUGAUGCAAAGCAUUACAUUUUGUACAUAGGUUACACGUUUGGAUAACACUUUAAAAUGUUCUGAUUAGAAUGUUGAUAGGGAAUAAUCCUACUUCUUUCAGGAAUUUUAUGAACUCUAGUUGGUAAUGUGUGAAACAGAUAUCUGCAGAAGGAAGAGGAAAAUGUUGGCCAUUGGAUUUUAGAGUCUGAUUCCAAAGGAGUCUGCACAGGCACUGAAUUUUUGGAGUUCCUGUGAAAUUGGAAUGGUAAUUUUCAGCAUCUUUCGGGCCAAAGUUAAACACUGUUUGAAUGGUGGUGGUGUCAAUAUCUCUGACUAUUUAAUUGUUUUACUGCCCCCCCAACCCGAUGUAUGUUUAUAUGCAGAACUAGUAGUGAUAGGCUGAUGGUAAUUGAAUUCUUUGUACAAGUAUAUUCCAAGUCAUAAAUUUCUAUAACUGAAUUUAAUUUUGAGGUCAUGUUGUAUUAUCAUCUAUGAUGUAUGGUGUGUGCAUUUCAGUUGUGUGGAAUGAUGAGAUACAUAUGAAAGAUAAUGAAUCUCCCUCUGUCUGUAUCUCUUUCCUAUUCUUUCUGAUUUCCCUUCCUCUUUUCCCUCAUCCUCAUUUUCUCUGAAAUGUACAAAUAUUUUUGUAGUACUUUAAGCCUACUAAACUGAGACUGAAAGACCUUCUGUACCUAUGACUCAUGCAGACACAGGUCCAUUAUUUGAUUUUUCUUACAUUAAAUAUUAAUGAUUAACUUUUUAUGGUAAUGUGGAACUAAACUGGAAGUAAUUGAUCAAUUUCAUGGGUGCAUCAUUUAUUCAAAUGGUUACUUAAAAUGCCAUGACCUGUGUUAUAACAUGAUAAAUUCACCUCCUGCCAGCUUUUUAUUUUUUUGAAGAUUUCUUUUAAAAAUUGCUAAAUGCUUGAUCUUGACAGGAAACAUGUGGUAAGAAAAGAUGGACCAGAAAAAUGGAAGUUCUUUCACUGGCUUUAUCCUGCUGGGUUUCUCUGACCGGCCUCAGCUGGAGCGAGUCCUCUUUGUGGUUCUUCUGAUCUUCUAUCUGCUCACCCUGCUGGGAAACACAACCAUCAUUGCAUUGUCCCGCCUGGACCCACACCUGCAGACUCCCAUGUACUUUUUCCUGUCCAACCUAAGCUUUCUGGACCUGUGUUACACGACCAGCACUGUUCCUCAGCUGCUGGUUCAUCUCAGGGGAGCAGACAAGUCUAUCUCCUUUGCUGGCUGUGUAGCUCAGCUGUUUGUCUCUCUAGGGUUGGGAGGCACAGAAUGCAUUCUGUUAGGGGUGAUGGCAUUUGACCGCUACGCAGCCGUCUGCAGGCCCCUGCACUACACAGUGAUCAUGCACCCCCGUCUCUGUGCCCUGAUGGCUUCUGCAUCGUGGUUCACUGGUUUUGUCAACUCCUCAUUGCAGACGGUACUCAUCUUCCUUGUACCACUUUGUGGGAGAAAUAAAAUAGACCACUUCUUUUGUGAGGUCCCCCCACUGCUCAAGCUUGCCUGUGUUGACACCACUGUGAAUGAAUCUGAGGCCUUCUUUGCCAGUAUGAUCAUUCUCCUCAUACCUGUGGCAUUAAUCACAUUCUCCUAUAGUCGGAUUGUCAAGGUGGUCUUAGCAAUAAAGUCAGCUUCAGGGCAGAGGAAAGCGUUUGGGACUUGUGGGUCCCACCUCACAGUGGUCUCCCUGUUCUAUGGCACAGGCAUCUACAUUUACCUUCAGCCCAGCAACAACUACUCCCAGGAUCAGGGCAAGUUCAUUUCUCUCUUCUACACCAUUGUCACCCCCAUGGUCAACCCUGUCAUAUAUACUCUGCGGAAUAGGGAUAUGAUUGGAGCAAUGAAGAAAGUGUUCUGUAGGGAUAUGACCCUAGAUGACUGAGGGGAAGACCAUUUGACAGAAGACUUUGAAUGCCAGGGUCUUUCAGGUUUUUGUGUCCUCCGUAUUUCCCCUGAUAACUCUCAAGGGAAAUUCCUUAAUUCAUUCUUUUAUGCAAGUGGGUGCUCAAACUCUAAGUUCAUGCAUGCAUUACAGCCUCCAGAGAUGCUGAUUUAGUAUUCCAAGGCCAUCUGCAUCAUAUUAAUAUUUUAAAAAGUUUCAAAGGAUUUUCCUAUUUCACCCUCAUUUGGGAACACUAUUACAUUUCUGAUUGCAAAGGACAAUGACACACACACCCUAAAAACAUAGCAAAAUAAGAAUGGAAACCACCAGUACACUGUAAUAAAUAUUGUAAUAUUCUCCAGCAAUUGCUGGAGCCUAUUGCUUAUUCUUGCAAUUUGAUCACGGCUCUGUGACAACAUUUGGAGCCUCACUGGGUCACAGCUUUUCCCCAGAAGUAGGAGGACAACUGUAGGAAAAACAAACUUUAGCUGAGAGAAAGCUUGCAAACAUCCAUCUGAUAAAGCUGGUCACAUAUCAUUCUGUGGUGUAAUGUUGCCAUUCUGACACUGUUUUCGUUUUAAACACAAUUCUUUAUUUUUCAAGUGUUCUUGUUUGAAAUUAAUAUUUUUAUUUUUUAAUUAAAAAUAAUUUAAUUUUUAAUAAUUUAAUAAUUAAAAUAAAUAUAAUUUAUGUAUUAUAAAAAUAAAAAUAAUUCAAAAAUAAUUCAAUUUUUAUUGUCAUUCCAUUAGAGUUAACUUACAGCAUUAUAUUAUAUUACUUUAUACUUUAACGGUACUUUAUAAAGUACUUUAUAGUACUUUCCUGUGCAAUAUAGUGAUUCAACAUUUCCAUCAUCACAGGUGCCCUCUUUAAUCUCCAUCACCUUUUUAGCCCCUCCCCCCAGGCUAUCCACUGUGGCACCAGUGAGCCCAGAGAAGGGAAGGGACAUUCUCAGUUCAUGCAUCCCUACCUUCGUAGCCCUGUCCUGGCCUUAGAAUUGUCACAUGUUAGCAUAAUGGCAGGGUGUGCAGUGUAGGUGACUGCACUCUGGACACGUCCUCUGCAUCCUGCUAAACUCACUCCUGGAUCAGCCAUCAGAGCGCAAUCACCCCUGUAAGUCCCUCCUGUAUCUCCUAGUCUGCAUAUUUUGCCACUACUGUUUGCCAGAGUCCCGCUCUGACCAGGCUCAUGGAGGAGGCAGGAACAGGUCACGGACCACUGGCAACCCUACCUUUGCAGGUGACUGCUUUUUGGAUGCUUGUUUUGUGACACGGGUGAGAGCUCUCUUUCACUGCUGUGGUGUUGUGUCAUGUUUGAGCCGUGAUGGUGCAGACUGGGAACCACCGUGUGUAGACAUGUGGUUUGCAGGGACAAGGGGGGCUGGGUGUCAAUGCAGAAAGGAGAGGGUGAACUCCUGGAGAUCAGUGGGGUCAGGGGAAGGGCUCCCCUAGGUGGCCUCAGAGACAGGACACUGGCUUCUGGGAGGAGACAUUUCCUUCUUUCCCCAUGGCCUUUCCUGCUGUUUUGGAAUUAAGUUGACAUGAGACAGAGUAAUAGGAGAAAACAGCCAAAGUUUUAUUACCACCACACGGAGGCCCAAUCUGGACAUUAAGACCCAAAGAAAUGAAGUACCAGGUGGUUUUUGCCCCUUUUAUAGAGAGACAAUAGAUGAGCGUGGAAUUGACAGGAGAAAGAAAACCGGGGUUUGGAGCUGCAGUUAGCAGGGAAUGCGAAGUGGAAUGUGGGCUGAGGUAGUGGGUUAGUAAAAAGUAGCAGGUUUAUUUCUACAGCCUUCUCAGCUCUAAGGUCUCUACCUGUGGUGAUAAGUGGUCAUUUUUCCUUCUUAGACCUGGGAGGGGACUUUCAUUCGGGAGAUAUUUCCUGCUUCCAAGGGGACAGAGGAGGGUGUGAUGUCCUCCCACCUGCUCUUUCCCCAGUAGCUUCUACUCACGGUGAUCAAUAUGCUGUUGAGGUCCACGUUGGGGGGCCCCCCUGGGUUCCCACACUUGCUCCGUUUAAAAAAUUUAAUUCUAUUGAUUUACAUUGUUGGGUGGAUUUAUUUUAACCAUUGGAGUGAAUGAAAUCUAUGAGAUCUCUAGGAAGUGUAAGUUCUUCUGAUUCGUGAACCUUUUCUGAGAAUGGUUUCAACCCCUUUUCAGGAUGAGGCUGUUCAGGUGUACUUGUGUGUUGAGUCUCAGAGAAGCAUCGUGGACGUUUCUACUGAUUGGGUUAUUUGGGAUCUCCAUGAUCAAUGGCCUGUCUUGAUCAGUGGUCACAGCCUUUGACAGGGCCCCGUCCCCCCGAAUCUGUGGUAGCAGGUCACACAUAAUGCUUUCUCACAUUUGUAAGUCCCCAUUUGAAGCACAUAGAAACAUGAAAUGGUUUUGCAAGACUCUCUUUGGAGAGCUUCUUUAGUAACUUAUCUCUAAUGAGAACUCAGUUUUAAUGUAUUUAAAGGAAGCAUAUUGACUAAGAAUGUGUUCUUUCUAGCUUGAAAUCAGCCUCUCCCAGGUUUCACCCUCCGUCUUAGAAAAACCAUCUCUAUUCCUGCAGAAUGAUUCUCCUCAUAGUCUGCCACACGUGUUACAUUUUGGUUUUCAUUUAGGUAGAAGCAAUAUAUAUAUUAAUAUAUUAUUAAACACAUACACCCACGGACAUGCUCGUGCACAAAAUGUGCUCCAUAUCCAAUCACCUGUAGGCCAAUCUCUGAACCCUCUUGUGAAGAUGAUUACUACAAGAAAAUAUGUUUCCUUGAGCUUAUCCUAUUUAGAAGUGCCAGGCUCAUACAUGAUGUAUUUCCAAUAUGUUCUGAAAUACAAAUACAUCCUAGUGUAUGUGGUAACAGUAUCCCUGCAGAUCACAUUGAAUGGAGGAAAAAAACUCUUUCCAGGAGGUGGAGGGAGCAAUGGCUGUUGGUAGAAUCUGGUACCACUCAAGAGCUCCAUGGAACAAACUAUACCCCUAUAGACAAAAUAAGCUAAGAAAUUUAGAAGUCACCGUGAAAAUUCUUGACUCUUUUUCAAAUAUUAGUUGUCUGUAUGUGGAUGGGUUUAUUUCUGUGCUCUUAAUUGUGUUCCUUUGGUGUAUGUGUCCGUUUCUUGAUCCAGUAACAUGCUGUUUUGAUUCCUAGAUAUUUAUAAUACGGUUUGAAUCAGGAAGUAGGCUGCCUCCAGCUUUGUUCUUCUUUGUUGGAAUGGCUUUGGCAAUUGGGACUUUUGUGGCUCCAUACACAUUUCAGGACUGUUUCUUAUUCUAUCUGUGAAAUAUGCCAUUCAAAUUUUGAUAGGGAAUGCAUUGAAUCUAGAGAUGAUUUUGAAUACUGUGAAAAAUUUUCAAUCUUAAUAUUUUUAAAUAUAAUUUAUUGUCAAGUUGGCUAACAUACAGUGUAUACAGUGUACUCUUGGUUUCAGGGGUAGGUUCCCAUGAUUCAUCGCUUACAUUGCAACACCCAGUGCUCAUCCCAACAAGUGCCCUCUUCAAUGCCCAAUUCAUGAACACAGGAUACCUUAAUUCUCUUCAAUUUGUUCCAUCAACUUAUGCAGUUUUAAAUGUAGAGAUAUUUUGCCUCCUUGGUUAAAUUUAAUCCGACGUAUUUUAUAGUUUUUGAUGCUAUUGUGAAUGUGGGAU